AUGACGUGCUCCUAUCGUGCGAAUAAUAAUGCCAAUCCACUUAACAGUGCAGCCCUGCAGGGUAAACUGGCACAACUUACCAACGAAGCGCGUCGAAUGAAACUUGAGAUCCUAAGACUCAGUGAAGUCCGUUGGCCGAACUUUGGAGAACACAGAAUACCAUCGGGACAAAUUCUGCUAUACUCUGGCCUACGAGGCGAACACGCUCCCCGGCACCGUGGAGUUGGCUUCCUACUGAGCGCCCAGGCACACUCUGCGCUUAUGAAGUGGGAGCCUAUAAGUGAAAGGAUAAUCGUUGCCAGGUUCAGAACAAGGGUUCGAAACCUCACUAUAAUCCAAACAUACGCCCCAACCGAUGCUACCGACCUGCAAGACAAAAAGAACUUCUACAGUCAACUCAAUGCCACAGUAGAUAGAAUUCCGAAGGGCGACAUCAUGAUCUGUAUGGGCGACUUCAACGCGAAGAACGGAUUCGAUAACUCGAACUAUGAGCGUAUUAUGGGGCGCCAUGGUCUCGGAGAAAUGAGCGAAAACGGAGAGCUGUUUGCAGUAUUCUGUGGCAAUAACGACAUGGUGAUCGGGGAAUCGCUCUUCCCCCAUCGACCGGACCUUGUGCACGUGGCUUUACCGAAAAUCAAAUUGACCACAUCUGCAUCAGCCGAAAGUGGAAACGGAGCCUUCUUGAUGUGCGGAAUAAACCUAGUGCCGAUAUCGCGUCUGACCACCACCUCAUCAUCGGCGAAAUACGUCUGCGUGCUGCGCGUAUUCGUCGACAAGAGGAGCGAGUUGGACGGCGGUAUAACACACGCCGACUACAUUCCGGAGGGUGGCAGCGUGGAAGACCAAUGGACUGCCAUUAAGAAUGCCUUCAUCGUCACCAGCGAGAAUAAUCUGGGUGAACUGCGCACCCAGAGAAAGCAAUGGAUCACUGAUGAGACCUGGACGAAAAUAGAGGAGCGAAGAGGAGCCAAAACCGCAAUUUAG